CCUGAUCCGAGGCCAUUUCCAAAGAGAAAGACAAGAAAAGAAAAUAAAAGGACGGAAAAACAAAAUCAAGGAAAAAACCCUGUUCCUCUUAACAAGAAGUAGCUCAUUCUCCCAAAAAAAAUCAAAAUUUGAUCCUUCAAAAACCUUCAUUUCUCUCCACUAUAUAGAUAGAUAGAUAGAUAUGUCUGCCUCUUCAGAUUCCCCAAAUCAAGAACAAACCAUCGAUGAUUCCAGCCCAAAAGAACCACAAAAGGAAAACCAAGAAAUUCAAGAUUCUCAACCCCAAAUCUUGGAACCCCAUAAUUCCACAAACCAAGAAAAACCCAUUUCCAGUACACAAAAUCAAGAAACCCCCCAAGUGAAUCUUGAUGAAAAACCCCAAGAAAACCCUGAUCAAGAGACUGUUGAAAAAGACCUAGAAAACCCUCAUUGUUCUUUAACUGUGGUUUUACCUAUUGAAGACCCUUUGGUAAGUGUCCCUGACCCUCCAUUAAUGUCACCUACUAAUACCCACAAGCGCAAUAAGCGCAAGAAAGGUAAAUGUAGUACAAAAAAGUUACAAGCUAUUGAAAAAAAGUUGUUAACACUUAAGGAAAACCUAAAGCCUGUUCCUUUUUUCCCUUCCAAGAUUCUUGAUUUUGAUAGGCAUGAGAAGUUACUUAGGCGUUUAGGGUUAUGGGAAUUUGUGCAUAUAGAGUUUGAUAGAGAUUUAAGGGUGGAUUUGAUUGCACAGUUGAUUGCUACUUAUGAUUCCAAAAUGAGGUGUAGUUAUGUUAAUGAUUUUAGGAUUUUGGUUAAUAGGGCUGAUUUAGGACGGGCGCUUAAGUUGCCUGUGAAGAAGGAGAAAGGUAGUGUUGAUUUUCUGGAUUUGGAUGAUGAUCCGUUGUCGGAGGAGUCGAUAAGUUUUCUUGAGGAUUUUGUGUCGAUUUGGGUGCUUUUGCAUGAGGACAUGUGGAUAAUGCCUAAUGAGGUGUUGAAUUGGACUAAGACAAUAAAAGAUGGACACCCUGAGAAAGUGGAUUGGGCUGGAUUGUUUUGGUUCAUGGUGGAGAAAGAAUUGACACAAGGGGACAAUUUAGUGGACUGUUAUUAUGCUGCACAUUUGCAGUACUUGAUAAAGUCACAGCGUGAGCAGGUAUUGUUUUGUGAAGAACCAGAAAAGACGGAGUUUGAAGCUGACGUGAAGGAGGAGGAUGAAGGAGUUGGUGGCUCAAGCGAAGCUCGAGAAUUGGAUGGUGCUUUAGGGGAGGAACUGAAUAUUGAAUUGACUUUGGGGCAGGAAGUUGACCACAAGGAAGAGGUGAAGGAUGCGGAGAUGAUGGAUGUUGAGGAAGAACACAAGGAAGAGAAGGAAGGAGAGGAAGAGAAACAAUGGCUUUUUGAUGAAAGAACAGAUGCAAAUCAGCCCUUUUUACAGAGAUGUAAAAUGCAGGAAGCAGUGUCUUUGGAUAAUGAUGAGGAGAAGAAAGAAGACCAUGACUUGGCCGAUGAUGACGCUAAUGGUAAUGACGAUGAUGAGGAGGAGGAGGAGGAAGGAGCAGAGAGGCACGAGAUUGAUGAUGGAUUUGAUGUUAUGCCUAGUGAUAGUACUCUUGUUGGGGAUGGAUUGACGGGAAAUCUACUUCAAACGAUGGAAACUACACAGAUGGCAUUUACUUCACAGGGGCAACUUGAUGAGAUGCAUACAGGUGGUUCCUUUUUUGGUAGUGGAAGUAAGAGAGAGAUCGAGAUGGAGCCGGACAUGGCACAUCAUUCUCUCAAUGGCAGUAACAAGAGGUUGAGGAUUGACGGUGCAUGGGACGAGAAGCCAUUAGAUUUUGGAUCAUGCAUGGAGCAAAUGCAGCAGCUAGUGAUGAAGGCUAAGAUGAUGUAUGAUGCAAAAGAACAGAAUGAAGAGCAAUUCAACAUAAACCAGCAAAUUAUUCUUAAUGAAUUGCAUAAAAGGGACAGUGUAAUCGACCACUUGCAUAAGUCUAAAUGUGAGGAAAUACAGAAAAGAGAUGGAGAGAUUUGUCGUCUUGAACGGGAGCUUUUUAUGAUGGGAAAUAUUUUGGAUGGUUACAGGAAGGCGAUGAAGGAUACUCAGAAGCAGUUCGCUGAGUAUAGGAAAAAAUUCCAGCUACAUGAAGAACCAUACUACAAAGAUGCUGGUGGAGGUCUAAUGUUGAGCAGUGCUGAAUUGGAAAAGCUACGCCUCAAGCAAGAGGAAGAAACUCGAUCCAAUUGCCUGUUUUUGUCACAAAAAGCAAAAGAAGCGGAGGAAGAAUAUACUGGUCAGUUUGAGAAUUUUCUUGAUAAGGUUCAGGUGCUGGAUAAGAAGUUGACGGGCCUUGAGGAUAAAGUGAAGAACCUCAGAGAUGUGAGUGCAAAAAGUAAAGCUCCAGAAAGUGAGGAUAAAGUGCCAGAAAGUGAGGAUAAAGUUCCUGAGAGUGAGGAUAAAAUUUCAGAAACUCCCGACUGCCCUCCAAAUGAAUGAAAUGCUUUGCGAAAUCUUCAGUUCCAUGGUUGAAAUGCAGGUUUUUUACGGAUGUUUAACUUACAUUUGACAUGUUGCCUUAUGUUACUUGCUGGAAGGUGGUUAUGCAAGCAUUUUGAAGAAAGCUUACUAUAGCUCAGACUGAUUUCUCUAAAUAUUACUCCUAUUUUGGUGCCUUCUUAGUAAUGCUUUAGAAGUUUCCAAGUACCUGAAUUCUGACAGUAGGUAUUGAUGAAUGUAGUUCUAUUGUGAUUGCUAUUGCACAGGGAUAUGACUUUAGUUCUAUGUAUUAUAAUGGUACUGACUGAUG